AGAGAGAGAGAGAGAGAGAGAGAGAGAGAGAGAGAGAGAGAGUAUGGAAUGUUGUGAUGUCACUAGCUAAGUCAUACACAAAGGCAAGGAGGACAGCAGUACUCAUUCUCCCAAUCUGUGAAGCCUGCUGUACAGCGUCCGCACCCAACUCCUGUCCAGCUGCUGGCUGCUGCUCAGUGAUGAGAGAGAGUGUGUGGUGACUGAGCAAGUAAGUGAGCAGCAGGGCUCAGGAGCAGGGCCGGCAUCCAGGCGCAUACUCCCUACACUCCAACACACACUUUUUUUACAUCUAGCUCUAAAGGAUUGGACGGACACACACACACACAGCCAUGUUGCAGCAAAUCCUGACGGAAAUGUACAUUGAUCCAGAUGUGUUGGACGCUCUGAAUGAAGAACAGAAGAAGACAUUGUUUCUUAAGAUGCGACAAGAGCAGGUCCGACGUUGGAAGGAGCGUGAGGAGAAGCUGGAGCGAGAGGAACCACGCAAACCCAAACUGAGGCCAGCUCAGAGUAAAAGUGUGAGUUGGCUGUUGGGCUGUGAUGGUGACGUACAAGUCAACGUCAUCGGAGAGAUGGACGAGUUCAAGUCCUCCAAGAUCCUCCGCUCAGGGUUUGGCGAGAGAAAUGCUGCUAGUCUUCGUAACAAUUCCCACAGCCAGGAAGCAAGUUUGAAGAGUAAUCUUGUAAACAGACCAGUCACAGAACCUGUACGAUCAGGCAGAGAGAAUCUCCCACCCAAAACAUUGUCUGGAGUGCAGCUCAAUUUAAGGGAGAACAGUGAAGAAGUGAGGACGCUACCCCCUCCACAGGUAUCAACAUGUGAAGUGACGCCUGCAUCCCCUGUUGAGAGUGUUAAAGACACAGAAGAGGAAGAUGAUACAGAUGAACCUGAUGAUGAAACACUUUCCACCAUUUGCUAUCGACCCCACCUGAUGUCAGCCAGCGCCCUGCACAGCCUCACACCCCGAGAUACACAGCAACAGACCUCACCGCUGUCAAUCACAAGCAGGCUACACACAGCUGAAGCUAGCGAGCCUCAAAUUAGCAGAGGGAAAGAUAUCCGUGUGAUGUCCGCCUCCAAGCGGACUGAAUUUGGAGUAGGCGGGGAAAACCGUGUGGGGCGUGGCCGUGUCGCUGAGCUGAUGAAGACCUUUAGUGUGUCUAGUGACUCCACCUGCUCACAACCUACACCAAGAUCCAACAAACCGCCCGUCCCGAAUAAACCCAGCCACUUGCAGCAUCUCCCCUCACACUCGUUCAGGUAAUCAGCGGAGAUGACAGGACGCUCAGACCGCCUCUCUCAGGAACACUGCUCUAAUUGCACAAGCAGCGCAGCAGGACGAGGGGUUCUAGCAAUUUUCGAAUAACAAUUUUUGCAUCUUUUAUAAUUGCCCUCAGGAGGAGGAGGAGGAGGAGGUGCAAAAUGCAAAAUUGUUUAAAUUUUUGACACUUUUCUUACAGACUGUUUUAUACUGUUGUUUGUUGUACGUAUAGGGCUUUUAUUGACCUGUUCACCAGAUUACAUUCGUGUACAGAAAUCGGUGACAAUAUUUGUAUUUAAUGUUAUAUUCUAACAAAUCAUGCAACGUUGAAGGGGGAAUUCCGCAGUAAGAUAAUUUUUCCCACAGUUGAAGCAAUUGGCAAUCUGUGUUAUGAUGAGAGAAAAUGCAGCCCUCUCUGCAUGAGCUGCUUUGUGAUUUUCCACGUUUUUGAAAUGGAACAGCCAGCGGGACUAAUGAGAUGAUGCGUGUUGACGGGUUUAUUGAGCAAAAACCGGCAACGUUUCCUGUCUCAAAGCAUGUUACAUUUCCACAAUGCUUUUUCUCCCAUCAUUACUGACAAAUUACUUCAAUUACUUCAGUUUUCGGACAGAACGCCUCUGUAAAGACAUGUUGUUUACGUCAGCUUUGUGGUGUAUAAAAGUUUUUUUUUUGAAGAUCUAUCUAGAGUUUUUCUAUACUAUCACAUCUACCAGCCAUAAACAUCAACAGUACAUCAAGGAAUACUAAUUACACGGUUCACAACAAACAACAACAGAGCAAUUACACACUUUUUCCGCUUAUUGGCUAUUAACUCCUGCAUUCGGAACCUGAGGAGAGGACGGCACGUCCUCUCAGCUUUAUAGCAAAUGAAGUGGGAACACACAGCCUUGCUGUUCUUCAGUUACAGAGUGUACCUUCAAGAGGCUGUGCAUGUGCUGAUUCACCAGUACAGAGAGCUAUUUCUUCAGUUUAGGCACAUCGGGAAAAUAAGUCAUUUCGCAGCAGUCAGCACUACUCACCUGACGCGCGUGUGUACAGCCUCAGACAGAUCAUGACGAGCACAGCCAUCAGUAUGGGUUGAGCAACGACUUCCACGUUCAUUAACGCUGACGAGACCCUUCCUUCCUGUGCUAUAGCGCACGCCUAAGAGGCUUGAUCAAGCACUUCUGGGAGCUGUGGCCUCAGAUUGCACUUUUAAAUAAAGGUUCUUAAAAGGUUCUUGAUGCUGUUCUGGGAUUUCUGAAUGAAAUGGGCACUUAUCAGUCAGGGAAAUGUCAAGAUGGUACCGCAAAUAAAGCUCAGUGAGAAACAGCAUUGCAGAUUCAAACCCCAGGCUUGGCUGCAAUGAAGAUCUAUGGAAUCCACCAAAGUUAUAAAAUAAAAAACCUUUUUAUUGGUUUAUUUGAAGAACAUAUAAGGGAGAGCUGGCUAAAAUUAAGAACUGUAACAUUUUUAAUUAUCUCAAAUAUUCUGUGAUGCUUUCAGUUACUACGCUUUCAUACAUCACACAUAACAUCAAGCACAUGUUUACUUCAAUAUACUUAAAAGCAGCACAAUUGUGACAUUGUGUAGGACAGCUGUAACACCAGGAUCAGGAAAAUCAAUAUUAAUCCAUCACAUAUACCGCUGAACUACAUUUCCCAUCAGUCCCGGCAUACUUCACACCUCACACGUCACCACUAUCACCUGCGUCUCGCUGCACCUUGAUAUAACCCUGGUUUUGUACGCACCUUGUUUUCAAGCUUUUGUUGUUGUAUUUAUGUGUCGUCCGAUUCUUCUCAUUAUUUUGUUUUCUGUUUGCAUCAUUUAUCAAUAAAUCUGCACUUGCAUCCACCGCACGUUGUCACCACCCGUUGGUUACGGCGUGAUAGUGUGGACAGUAUUAAGUCAUUACCAUUGAUGUCCAUUAUGCAGAGAAGUGCAGUUAAAACAAUCAUCCAUAUAAAGCAUUAAAAGGCGUAUUGGAUUUGAUUGAUGGUGAACAUUAACCAUGAUUUCUGUAGUAUGGUAUAUCGGUACUAGGGUUUAACCAUGUCUCAUUGAUUUGACUCUGCUUCAACUGCAUUUCAUUGUGAUGAGCAUGUUAUCAGUGUGGUACUUUAUACCAUGAAGAUCAAAGUUCUGCAAAUUUAUUACUGUUUAGCAUAAAGAGUUUGAGAGCUGUAUUGUUUUCUGCUUGACUCUCUUUUGUCCUACGCCGUCUUGUCUGUGUGUACAACGUUAACUUCUACCUACAUAUGGCAAUCCAAGUCCCUUUUUUUCUUCCUCCUAGCUUUUAUAACCUAAUUAUUCGCCAUUCAGGUGUCAGCCAUCUUUGAUAUGUUCCCCCACCAUUACUAGUUUACUGUGGGAGUAUAAUAUUUGAUUGCACUUGUUUUUCUGCUGUGUUACGUUUGCACCAUUGAGAGGGUUGUUGUUUAUUGUUUCUCUGUACGGAUUGAUGACUUGAGUGAUUUUAUGUGAGGAUGAGUGUUAGAUAUUGUCUCUGUGAGCAAUGCUCACAGUUCAGCAAUAAAAUGAUCAGAAUCCUCUAA